UUUACUUUAUAACACACAUACUUUGUGGGAAAUGGGGGAGGUUACUAAAACAUUUUAUGAAAUGCCAUAGUUAAAGCAGUGAUAUUUUGAUUGUUUACCUCCUGGAUAGUUUGCAAAGUGACAUAAAAUGGGAGUGAAAACAAAAAUAAGAAAGCCCUGGGGAUUUAAGAAGAAGCCGAAGAGGACGCCGAUCAUCACCCGGGACCAGUGGGGGGCGACUGAACCCCUCUGGCGAGAUACACUACAGGUGCCUGUGUUCAACGUGCUGAUUAAAUACUACACAGACUCGCCUCCAUGUGACAACGAGGAGGAGUGCAGCGACAACCUCAGGAUACUGCAGAGAAAGUGUCAAGACGAGCUGAGGCUGCCGGACAUCCCUUACAAUUUCGUGAUUGGUGGCGAUGAAAGAGUAUACGAAGGACGUGGGUGGUUCACGGCUCCUAGUAAGAUGUUUGGUGAGGUCGCCCAUUGGGAAGAUACGAGUCUUGACAUAGCUUACCUAGGCCACAGAAUGCCAGGUAAGCACAUGACCCCAGCCUUGGGUGAGUUGCUGGAGUACGGAAUCGACAAGAAGGUAAUCGUGGGAUUGUUCAAGUUCGAAGUUCUCUCAGGAUGGGACGAGCCUCCGCCUCAAAUCAAAUUUCUUGAAACACAAUUUUAAAAGUUGACUUUUAGGUUGGAUGGGCAUUAGGACCCAGUUACAUGACGUCACCCUUAUUUCAUAUUUUCUUACAACAAGCCCAUUCAUUUUUA